ACUUUAGAUCUGUUCAAGUAUGAAAGCGAACACACAGACCAAAUAUUAGCUAUAGACCGUCCGGGCAUGCGCGUGGCGGGUUACAAGUGGAGUAACUGUUUCUUCCAGUUGUCAGUGAAAACGAUGGCUUGAUAUGGAGAAGGAUGGAAUACUCUAUUCUGGCGACGAGUUCACUCGCCCUAGUUCUCUAUCUUAACACAUUGGACGCUGAUUUCGCUUAUGAUGACAGUCGUGCCAUACAGAAAAACCAGGACCUACGUCCAGAGACUCCAAUACUCAACGUGAUCUACGACGACUUUUGGGGGACACCGUUGACGCACAGUGGGUCACACAAGUCAUAUCGGCCAUUAUGUGUCCUGUCUUUCCGUCUCAACUAUUUUCUGGGCGAACUCAACCCCUGGGGUUAUCACCUUGGAAAUGUCCUGUUACAUGUCGUAGUGACCGCAGUGUUCACACAUUUUGCACGGAUAUUUCUCCGCCAUACCGUGCCAACGAUUGCGGCAGGACUGUUGUUCGCAUGCCACCCGAUCCAUGUGGAGGCGGUGGCGGGUGUGGUGGGGCGGGCUGAUGUGGGAGCCUGUCUAUUCUUUCUGCUCGCCAUCUUGGCUUAUAUCAAGUAUGUCCACCAGCGGGAAGUGGGGAACGGCGGAGAGAAGUAUGUGUGGUUUGGGUUAGUGGCUGUAUUAACCACGGCCAGUAUGUUGACUAAGGAACAAGGUGUAAUGGUGAUCGCAGUGUGUGCAUCUUACGACUUGUUUAUACAUCAUAAGGUCACGUUGCAGGAUAUCAUCACGUUCAAAUGGGUGAAGAGAAAAGACAUCCUGGAGGGGAUUGUUCUGUUGGUGCUAGUCGGCGUAUCACUCAUCACAUUCCGCCUUGUGUUCAUGGGAAACAAACCUCCGGAGUUUGCCCCAUCUGAUAACCCAGCUUCCGACUCGGAAAGUCUGCUGACCCGGACAUUGACUUAUUUACUCCUGCCUUCCCUAAACUUGUGGAUAUUACUGUGUCCGCGAGUGCUCAGCUUUGAUUGGUCUAUGGACGCUAUUCCAUUAGUCGAGUCAGCCUGGGAUGUACGCAAUGUGUAUUCAAUAGUGUUUUAUUUUCUGUUAUUUUAUAAAUCGUAUUUGUUAAUUUGUGAUCUUCAUAAUAAUAGCAAUAAAAGUACAAUUGGGAAGAUUUUCCAGCCAUAUAUGAAUGGCAAUGGGUUAACCCAUCACACACAUUCCAAUAGUCAAAAUAACAACCAUCACCAUCAUAACAAAAACGUGCUUUCAUUAAAAAGUAGUAAACUUUUAUCGUCAAGUCGACGUCCUUCCAAUAGCUCGACGGACAGCGAAGACGAGCAGACAACUGGUGUCAGAAUCUACCGAUCUCAAGACAUUUGUGUUAUGGCAUUUGCACUCAUGGUUUUUCCAUUCGUUCCUGCCACAAAUUUAUUUUUCUACGUUGGGUUUGUGAUAGCAGAGCGUGUAUUGUACAUUCCAAGUAUGGGGUUUUGCCUGUUGGUGGCGCACGGUGGCUAUGUUGUGUAUAAGAAGCUUCAGCGGAACUCGGUGGCACAAAAGGUAUUUGCCGCGGCCUUUGUGGCCCUGGUGGCUCUGUUCUGUGGCAAGACAGUGAUCAGGAACCGUGUGUGGCAGACGGAAGAGAAUCUAUACAGAUCUGGGGUUUCUGUCAAUCCAGCCAAAGCGUGGGGGAACCUUGCCAACGUGUUGAACAGUCAGGGCAAAGUAGGAGAAGCAGAGACAGCCUACCGAAAUGCCCUCAUCCACAGAUCCAACAUGGCCGACACCCAUUACAACCUGGGAAUUUUAUUACAAGACCAGAAGAGGUACGAAGAAGCCAUUGAAAGUUACAAACGAGCAAUACAGUGUCGCCCUAAACUCUCAAUGGCCCAUCUAAACCUGGCUAUCAUCUAUGCCCUGCAGUCGAGGUACGAAGAAGCAGAAAAGGUGUACAUGCACUGUGCAGACUUGGACACAUCAGGUCUAAAGGACCCGCGUCUGCAUGAAAACACCAAGAUCUCAGCCUUGUAUAACCUAGGUCGGCUCUAUGCGGAGAUGGACAGGAAUCAGGAUUCUAUUGCUAUGUACAAGGAGGCGCUAAAGAGGCGGCCAAGUUACUACCAGCCACAGAGCAUCUACAAUAUGAUGGGGGAAGUGUACCUAAAACUCACUCAGUUUGAUGAGGCUGAGUACUGGUACAAGGAGGCCCUAAGGGUCAAGACUGACCACAUCCCUGCCCAUCUGACCAUGGCAAAACUCUUCCAGAAAAAGAACAUGGUACAGGUGGCUGAGGAAUGGUACCAGAAAGCCCGGGAUAUAGACGCUGGGGACCUCAGUGUUCAGCAUCACUAUGCUCAGUUUAUGGCAGAGACAGGCCGACUGGAGGAGGCCGCCCAGAUGUAUCUAGCCGCUGUGGAGAGAGCGCCAAAUGACUUCGAGGUUGUCUUUAAUGCAGCUAACAUCCUUAGACAAAUUCAGGACAACAGUCGAUCUGAGGACCUUUAUCGACGGGCAGCUCAUCUCAAACCCCAUGUUGCGACAGCUCACAUGAACCUGGGUGCUAUGUUACACCUGAAUGGUAAACUGGCUGAGGCGGAGCACAGUUACCUCGAGGCCCUCAGACUCAAACCUGAUGACACCACAACCAAACAAAACCUUGUCAAGCUACGCAAUCUCAUGAAGAAAGAUACGAGCAAUGGAAAGGCAAAGCGAUGACACUGGCCCCAAGUAAACUUUACAAGGGAAAAAACAAAAAGGGCCUUUGAGCAUAUUUAUGAAUAUUCAUGUUGCCAGCUUUAACAGAAAGUGAGAACCAAUCAGUUCUUUCGAUAUAUGUAACGUGACGGAAAGAAAACUUUGUCACUUUGCAACAGAUUGGCCAAAACCUUUUAUGGCAAGGACAUAGUCAUUGACAUCUACAAGAGCCUUGCAGCAGGUGAACAAUCCAUUAAAACACUUCACACUGGUAUACACUUUCAUUAGAAGGUGUGAUUUUGGAUUAAUAUCGUUUAUGAAGGAUAUUGGUGCCUUUCAUUGUCCUAUGUACAUACUGUAUACCAAGAUGAUUCAUGUGGUUGGAGAGUAUAUCAGCUUGUGUUAGUAUGACCAUGACAGAUAUUAAUUAUUCUGUCAUUAAAUUUGUCACCUUGUUAUCAUGGCCUUGCCAAAUGGCGGCCCAGCACUACAUUCAUUAUGUUUCCUGUGGGAGCAAUGUCGCACUUUUGAGAAAAGAGCUUUUGCUUUUACUUAGAAAAGUUUUUAAAAGCUGAUUUUGAGAGAAUGUGAGAGUGAGCUGGACAGAGUAAAAGUGUGUGCUGGAGAGAGACCGGCAGAGAGACCGGCAGAGAGUCCGACAGAGAGUCCGACAGAGAGUCUGACAGAGAGUCCGGCAGAGAGUCCGACAGAGAUAGAGAUACUGUGAGGGAAUAACUGUGAUGUACUGAUGUGUCAGUUAUUUUAACAUAAUAUAUUUUUAAAAGUCAGAUAGACUGUUUUAGAGAUGCGAAGUUGUGUCCAUGCAUCUGUACAGAGAAGGUUUCAGAUGAGAUGUCAAGUUUUCCUAAUUGGUGAUAAAAUUCGGAAAAUUGUACAUUAAAGUGUUCAGACAGAUCUACGCAGGAAGGGGAAUAACUCAUAUAACCCAUAGUAAAAUGGUUUUACCCAGAUGGUUCUGAUAAUCUACGGUUGUCUAGAAAUAUAUAGGACACUCUGCUUUAGUGUAAAAUUAUAGAGCUUUAUACCUUAUAACAAGGUAAAGACAGCCACCCCUCCCAAUCAUUUUUUACGAGGGUGACUUUAUGGGGACAUAUGUGCUGAGAAUUCCUAGCCCCUAUUGGAUCUGACUUAAGUUUUCUAAUAUUGUGUUGUGGUAUCAAUUUAAGUGCACUAGCUACUACAGUGUGAAUGUGUGUGUGUAACACUCGUGGACAAAUUAGUCGCCGUGUAUAGUCAAAGUCUUUACAUGUUAUAUAGUCACAGCUAGUGAGAUGUUGCCAAAUUUCUAUUCUCUUUAACUCAUUCACCCCUAAAGACACAUUUGAACUCUUCCAAUUGAAAGAUUGGAAUAGUUCGUUGUGAAAUUUCAGGGGUGAAUGAGUUAAAAUUUCUACCUAGUUGCUUUCAGAUGUUUUCUUUCUUUAUAUAUGAUAUAUAUAUAUAUAUAAUUCUUUACUGUCUUUGUUCUUAUGUAGAAAUUGUCAUGUUUAUGUGUUACAGUUAUUGUCAUAUUUCUUUGUCGUAGAGUUUUUCUAUUAUUUCUGUAUUGUUUAAUUUAUUGAUUUUGUCUUGUAAAGAAAUAAUAUCGGUGAGAUUACAUGGGUGUACACUGUUGGCGAACAAAUACUUAAAGGAAUACUUUAAAAUAUCUUGGAUGUGGACUGAAAUUGGUAAAAUGUAGGGCUCUUAUAUUUCCUAGUUGGCCUGCUGAUAAGGACAAUUGAUUGUGAAUCGUUUUGUGUAAAAUUUAAACCCAGCACAUUUUUUCCCUGAACAAAAAAAUUUAAGUGAGGCCAAUAAUUUAAUUCAGUUUUACUGUUUAUGUUUAUUGACAUUUUUAGGGGAGGACUUGACACACUAUAUUGCAGAAAAGUUAAUUUGCGUUUUUCAUUUUGAAGGAUAAAUUGAUUACAAAAUUUGUCUUAUGAACACUUACCUGCAUGCAUUAAGCUAAUGCACAGGGAGCCGGAAUUAUUCUUGUUCUGGCUGAAGGGAAACCUAUGUACUAGAUAUCUUAAGGAUUUUCAUAAAAAGUGUUAUCAAUAACGUUUGGAGAAGAAGGGGAGAACUUGAGGCAUAUCAGAAAAAUGUAGGAGGCAAUUUACUUUGACAUUCCAGGACUUCUCAGGUUUAAAUAUAAGGUUUAAAUAUAGAUAGCUUUUGACAGAAAAUAGGGGGUCACAUUAUUGGUAGAUACUGGGUACAAAUGCCCGGGUGUCGGGUGUUAUUGACAACGCCACAUUUAUACUACAAAAUAUGAAAAGUUUAUAAAGGGAGAUAACUCUACAAGUUUAAAGUGUAAGGAAGCAUGUAAGUCCUAAACCCUAACAUAAAUAACAGGUACAAUAUCAUACCUAUAUACAGGUAGAAUUAAGUUUCAAUUUCAGUUUCGACUUCAUUUGUGGCAUUUUAUAUUAUCAUUUUGUCAAAUAGGAUCAAUGGAACUUAGUAUGUGAGUACGUUCUACACAUGUUAAAAUUCUGCCAUGCAGUUUCAUUCCUUGUGAGAAAUGUUAAAGGUUGGCAAGCAAGUGUAAGGCACUAGCAGAUAUUCUAAGACACACACACAAGGCUAAUACAAUAUUACAGAAAAUAACAGGAAAAUGCCAAACUCUGACAAUAUUGCCAAAUUAAAAAGUAUUUUCUAUGAGAUUGUUGUCUCAAAGUGUUUUAGUACAUUGGCUUGAUACAAUAUAUAUUGCCCUCAUGAAGAAAUUCACUGAGAUUAAUUGUAAUGUAAGAAGGAUAUUUGAUUACAAACCUAAACAUAGCUGUCAUUGUUUGCAUGGCUGUUAUCUUCUUUUGAAGGAAUUUGAAGUAAUAUAUUACUGAUGUGCAAUUUUUUCUUAUGGAACAAAUGUUUAGAAAGGCAGUCAUCUUAAGUACCAAUGUGAUAGGUUUUGAUUGCUAAUGGUUGAGAGAUUGAGGUGAAAGUUAAUGUUCAGUUAUCGGCUGCAUGCUCAAGUAAUAGACUUGCUCUGACGUCAAGUCGUUAAGGUAUCAUUUUUGUAUCAGCAGAGUAAACGAAUCGUCCGAUGUCCCAUGUUUUUUCACACAUGUAGGGCGGAACUGUGAAAGAAAGUCAUUUGAAAAGGUCAUUGAUAGUGUCAUUUUUGUUUGUUGAAUAAUAGAACAUUGUACAUUUGUCAUUAUUUAUAAGUUCGUGUGUGAUUAUGGAAUAUUUUGAUAAGAAUCUUACGAUUUUAUACGCAAGUCUACAACAAGAUGCUACAUGUUUUGUCUAGUGGACUGUUUGUCCGUUAACUGUUUUUCUGUCCCUAAAAUUUAAAAUUUUAACGAUGUAUGUGUUAACACUAGACUAGUCAGAACCAGAGGUUAAAUGAAUGGUUUUUCCCCCUUUUUUAUCGAGCCAUAAUAAUAUGUCAACUUAUCUGUCCAAGCUGUCAGUUUGGAUUCCUUAAAAAUCAUUGAUUUCAUUUGUGCACUGUGGAGAUAUGGUGCUUAUACAUUAUAGGACAUUGAGGUCAAGGUCAAACUAACAGGUCAACUGAUCUAUUUAAUUUCAGAUCCACUGUAAACUAUGGAAUAGUGUUGUGCGAUAAAAUGUUCAGGAUUCAAGGUCAAACUAACAGGUCAACUGAUGAACGUGUCAUUCAUUCAUUGAAACUCCUGGAUGAUUGUAUUAUCACCAAAUAGUGUGGCAAACACAUUCAGAACUCAUUUAGAGGAUUUUCCCCCAAAAAAUGUACAGUUCCAAUACGUUUGAACAUUAUAAUCCAUCAUGCUUUAUAGAAGCAGUUUCCAUAUACAACUUUCAGGACUCGCAUACAAACAAGAGGUCAAAGGUUGAAAAAUGUUUUCUCCGUAACCCCAAAAUUCUUAUUCUUAAGGUUGUGCCUGAUUUUGUUAAAUAUUUCUUGAUCAAUGGUAUAGUGAUUAGAUUAUGUUUUCCACUCCACUUGUAGAAUGUUCACCAUAAGGUCAAGGUCACAGUUACCUAUUAGUAAGGGUAAAAUUUUAAUCAAUGUCUUAAUAUUUUCAUCUGCCCUAUCCAAAGGACAAGCAUGGGACCUUGGCAAGACACAUCAAAACUAUUAUAUAUUUACACGACCAUUUCCUGGUGUGUUUGGCCUCUGCGGUCUGUUACAAGUGCCAUAGCUUUCAAUUACAUUGACCCUGCUGCAGAUGGAUCUAGAGGUCAUCUACAAUAUUAAAGGUUAAGGCUAGUCACUUCAAAGCACUGAACAUCGUAACAGAACACAUUAUAUACAUGCAAGUACCCAGAAGAAAAUGUAUUUUCUAUUGGAACAGUUGUGGUUAGGACUUUAUUAUCUGUGCUACACAAUUUUAAAAUUGUUUCAAAUUUUUAUUGUAUUUACCACUGGUUGUGAAUUUUGCCUCUUGUGUUCAUUAGAUAAAAAGUACCGCUUUGAAACAUGUACGCUGCACUAAUUAAAGUUUUUACUUUAAAAAAGAAUAAACAAAUAGAAAGAGACGGUACAAGUUAAAUUGUAGCACUUACAGGCAUGGCACAGAUCCAAAACCCUUGGUCAAUACACACAUAUAAGGAUCAGUUAAGUUGUGAUCUACAUGUGCCACACCCCUUUGAAUUGUAGAAGUCUUAAAUAUUACUUUCUGACUUCAUUUGGUGAUGUCCAGAGUUGAUAUUGUAAACAUGCAUACUUUAGCAGUACUUGUAUUUCCACAAUUUUCAGAUCAACUCUGUAGCACUGACUUUAGUCUGUUCCUCACUAGGAUCUGUAGAUAGUUUCUGUAGAAGUAUCUAAAGGUACCAAGGUAAUCAGGAAGGAUCAGUAUACACUGUGAUUUGUUUAGACCUAUAUUUGUAUACAACACCUGAUCAGGUGGGAAUCCGGUAAAGUUACACUUGAUAACUUAAAUACAACACACAUGCAGCUUCAGAACAGGAAAUAGAGCGGGGUAAAUUUGUGCACCUUAAUUGGCAUAGUACAUCUAAAGAAGUUAGAACAGCAAUUGUAAAAAUAGUUUUAACAUCUGUACUUUGAUCAUGGUAAAAAUGCGUACAUCUGUACUUUGAUCAUGGUAAAAUGAGUACAUCUGUACUUUGAUCAUGGUAAAAUGAGUACAUCUGUACUUUGAUCAUGGUAAAAAUGAGUACAUCUGUACUUUGAUAAUGGUAAAAUGAGUUCAUCUGUACUUUGAUUAUGUUAAAAAUGAGUUAAAUGCUUUGGCUGAAAUCCUGUGUUAGAAGAAAAAGCAAUUAAGAUUAAGUGUUAGCUAUUUGAUAUUGUCAUACUAUCUUUGUUAAGUUCUUUUAACAUUAUAUUUUUCUUUCAAUGCCAAAUAUAUAUGCCAUGUUAACGUUGCUAAUGCAUGGAAAGAACAACAAUAUUUUUCAGCCAGAUUUUAUAAUAUCAUUCCUAUAUUUGUUUAAAAAAAAUCCUGUUGUGUGGUCUGUUUUACUACUGUUUUACAUUCAUACAUCAUUCUACUGCUUUAAUGUUAUAUAAAUGAUUCAUGCUGUAACUUGUAUUUAUCAAAUCUGACCAAAUAUGGACUAGGUCUGUUGGACCUUUGACCUGACCGAGCAAAUCUUCCAUUUGUUUAGCCUGAUGACUUCAUCAGACUGACCUAUGUAUACAGUGUAAUGGCCUAUUUGAUAGAUGACCUGUUUGACCUUUCACCUGUUGUCAGAAUCUAUCUUCAAUACAUUAUGCAAAUUUCAGCUCAUCCAGCAUUGUUAGUGAAUAUGUAUAUAAUUGUUGUUAUGAAAUUUAUUAUUUUUCGACAUUCCUGAAGUUAUAUUAUUAUAAGCAAUAAAAUUUUGCUUCCUUA